AUGAACUCUGCUAAUACAAUACAAUAUGAUGAAAAUCUGUCUGAAGAACUUCUCAGUGAAGACGUAUCUCCAUGCAAGAUUAGAAGCUCAAAAAAGAUUCUAGUUAACAUGGGAUUUAAUUCUCUUAGCAAUAGAAAGAAAUUUGGCUAUUUGAGAACGGAAGUUGCAUCGUUAGAUUUCAACUCUCAGAAAGACUUUAAUUUUAAGAGAAUUCCUAUUCCUAAACCAAUAAAACCAUGGAAAAGCCCAUUCUAUAAGCAAAGAGGUGUCAAUGAGUCUCUUGAUAAAGAAAAGGACAGUAAGCAACCUGGACUCUUGAAGAGAGAAAUCAGUAGCCUUCUUAAACAAGUUUCUGAAAUAAAGCAAAAAACUGCGAAGUCCUAUGACUAUGAGGGAGUUAUAAUCAUUGGGCCUAGAAAGUUCAUAAGAGACCCUGCAAAAUGCAAGUACAUAACUAUGAAAGACGUUAAACCUUCAUAAUUAUUAAAUCAUUUCUAACUUAUGC